AUGGACUCAGUGGAAGGGAAGCUAAUGCACAGAAAAACUACAUUUGGUGCAAUCUUUCCCUACAAUGGGUCUCUAUACACCGUCAAAGGCGCUCUCAACGUAUCACUUCCGUCAGGUGAUUUGGAAGUCACCGUCAAAUUCACUCCUGACGCGGAUAUGACUGUGCAGCCACGCGAGCUCACCGGGAGCUUCGGGCCAGAAAAAAUUCGAAUCAAACUUGAUGAUAAGGUUCUCAUCGAGGGGUCUCUGAAAGAUGCCGUGGAGGUUGAAACCAGUCUUCGGGGCACUGCUAAAUGGGUCUUCGUAUGA